AUAUUUGUUUUAUUGUUUGUUUUUUCAGGAGAGAUCAGACUUGAAAUGAAGGAAAGAACUACAGAGCUCAACUUUUCGGUGGUAGAAACUCAAGAGCAAAGCUUCAUGAGCAAUGAUCCCUGUGUCUUUACUUGGACAGAAACCUGGGCUACACAUGACAGAGUGCACACAGGAGAGAAACCUUAUAAAUGUAACCAAUGUGGAAAGGUUUUAGACAAAAGAGUGUUCUUACUAUACAUCAGAGAAUCCACAUUGGAAAGAAGCCUUAUGAAUGUGACCAGUGUGGAAAGGGUUUUAGGAAAAGGAGAAGUCUUACUGUCCAUCAGAGAAUCCACACUGGAGAGAAACUUUAUGAAUGUGACCAGUGUGGAAAGGUUUUCACACAGAGGGGAUGUCUUUCUGUACAUCAGGGAAUCCACACUGGAGAGAAACCUUAUGAAUGUAAUCACUGUGGAAAGGGAUUUAGACAAAGGGGAGCUCUUAGUCUACAUCAGAGAAUCCACACUGGAGAGAAACCUUAUAUAUGCAAUCAAUGUGAAAAGGCUUUUAGAAGAAAGGAAACUCUAAUUAGACACCAGAGAAUACACACUGGAGAUAAACCUUAUGUAUGUAAUAAAUGUGAAAAGGCCUUUAGAGGAAAGGAAGGUCUAAUUAGACAUCAGAGAAUCCACACUGGAGAUAAACCUUAUGAAUGUAAUCAAUGUGGAAAGGCUUUCACACAGAGUGGGUGUCUUUCUGUACACCUGAGAACACACACUGGAGAUAAACCUUACGAAUGUAAUGAAUGUGGAAAGGCUUUUACAGACAGAAGAGCUCUUAUUGUACAUCAGAGAAUUCACAGUGGCGAAAAACCUUUUGUAUGUAAUCAAUGUGAAAAGGCUUUUACAAGAAAGGAAGCUCUAAUUCGACAUCAGAGAAUACAUACUGGAGAUAAACCUUUUGAAUGUAAUGAAUGUGGAAAGUCUUUUAGAGAUAGGAAAACUCUUACUGUCCAUCAGAGAAUCCACACUGGAGUAAAACCUUAUGAAUGUAAGCAGUGUGGAAAGGCUUUUACAAAAAGUGGAGCUCUUACUGUCCAUCAGAGAAACCACACUGGAGAGAAACCUUAUGAAUGUAAGCAGUGUGGAAAGGCUUUUACACGGAAGGAUGUACUUAUUGUGCAUCAGAGAAUCCACAUUUGUUAAGGACCACGCCUAAGUACCAUUAAGGGGCAGGCAGCUUCUCCAAAAGCCCCCACAGCUGUGAAUCAUAACACACCUGAAGGAAUUACAAAGCAGCCUUUACUGACACUGCUUGUGGAUUAGGAAUGAAAUAAAUGGGAGGCAGGAGAGAAGAGGAGGGAGGUCAGAGAAUGCUAUAGCUUCCCAGGCUCCUUGUAUCAUUAUCAUCCUCUCACAUGAAGGAAUCUAUUUUGCUGUUCAGUGGCCACUAGCAGGUGGCUCCCCUAAUAUACACUGGAGAAAACAAUUAUAAAUGUAAUCAAUGUGAAAAGGCUUUUCUAUGCAUCUAACUAUACAUCAGAGAAACCACACUGGAGAGAAACCUGAUGAGGAUAAUCAAUGUGGAAAAACAUUGAGAAGUAUAUUGCUCAGCUUCAGAGAAUCCACACUGGCGAGAAACCUUAGGCAUGUAAUCAUUGAGGAAAGGCUUUUACACAGAAGAGCAGACUUAUUGUACAUCAGACAUACCAGAACUGUUUGUGAGUGUAAUCAAUGUUUAAAAAAAAAAAAAAACUGGCAGAGAAAGAAAUUUGUUAUAUUUCAGAGAAUUUGAGCUGGAAAAAACUUUAUGAAUGAAAUCAAUGCACAAACACUUUUCAUUUCUAGGAAUUGUAUUGCUAAACAUCAGAGCAUCCACUGUGAAAACGUAUGAGUAUAAUCAAUGUGGAAAGCCUAUUACAUGAAGAAUCAACACUGGAGAGAAAACUUAUGAAUAUAAGCAAUGUAAUCAAGCUUUCAGGAGAAAGGCAGCCUUUAUUUUCCAUCAGAGAAUUCAUAGGAACCAGGAAUCUUGUCACUGAUAUACAUGAGUGAGGAAACGCAUCAAAAUGGAGUAUAGAGCUUCUUUGCAUAAAAUUCAUUCUGGGUAUAGACCAUAUAUCCACUCAAUAUGGAAAUACCUUCAGCCAAAGAUCAUCUCUUACUUUAUACAGUAGAGGAUUCAAGCUAAAAAAAACUUUAUCAGUGUACUCGAUGGGGAUGUCCCUUUCUCUGGAAAAUGGAAGUCUCUGGUGAAGGAUUGAAUUUUGUAUCUGACUAACAGAAUGGUGAAAUAGGGGAAACAAUUUAUGCUGACCCACCAGGUUGCAAAACAGCAAAAGGAAGCAACAUAAGUGUUGAAUUGCAUUACUGCAUGAAAGGACAUCUGGAUGUUUUCAAAAACAGAAUGGCUUCAGAAUAAGGAAAAGGACAGGGGAACAAUGUUUGGUAAAGGGGGGAAAAUCCAUGUUGUUUGACCAAGGAUAUAAAAAUUGGAGCAAUUUAGGCAAUUUUGUGGUCUCAUGCAGCUCUCCUACAUGUGUGUAUUCAGCCUACAUUUAGGCUACUGCAUGUGAUAAUCGAGAAAUUUCUCAUUGACUUGAGAUAAUUUCUGCCUCCUGAUUUUUGUGAUUCAGCAAUCGUGGUGAAGAAGAUUGGAUUCUCCUGAAGUGUUUGAGAAAAAGCAGAACCACUGUAUGAAAAAAGAAGCAUUACUAAAUAGGUAAGAAACCCUGCAAUUUCAAUCUAAAAAGCUUCCCAUGGUUGCUCGGGAACUAAAUUCCAUAUAAAAGCCAUCUCAACUGCCUAUCAGAUGCAUUCAGUUGUUUGGGGCAAAGGGACCUUCCUAGUCUCAUCUAGAAGAAAUACUUUUGUGCCUUGAUGAAUAAAAGCUGAUCUUAAGACAAAGUCCCUUUGGACAAAAUGAAGAGGAUGUAAAGAGAAUAUAAACUUUCCUAUGGAACCUUUCAAGCACUCAAAAAGAAAGUCUUUCUCUGUUUUUCUAAGUCUGGCCAAGUAGGCAGACAAGACAUACAAGAAGAAGGAAAGCUUUUACCCAGUCUGCAGAAAUGUAAGGCAUGGGAAGUAACUUAAAAAUGAAUUUGUCAUUUCAGUAGGGAGGGUGUUGCCAGAAUGUCAGAGACUUUUCACAUACUUCUGCUCUUUUCAUUGCUCAGUCUGAGGACCUGAGGACCUGCACACUUUCAGUGCUUCCAAAGUGGUAUGAUGUAAUGGAAGGUCUGUUCUCUAUCCUCCUGGUCAGAAUUCUUCAAGUCCUUGACCCAAAUUUGGGUCUCUUAGAUAACAUUUGGUACAGUUUCAGUAGGUUUCUAUUGAACUCUAUUACUGUUAGCCUCCUGGAAGAUUUUUUAACUUCAGAGGAACUGAACUGCUGUUUCCUAUAUUGUAUAAAAAAGUUUGAGAGACAGAGUUUCUAGAAAAUGAAUCAUUUAAUUAAUAAUGCUAACAUAGUACUAAUAAAAGGAUGGUCAUUUGGCUGUCUCUCUUAGAUCAAAGAGGAAUCAGGGGUCACAGCUUAUAUGCCCUGGGAAGAAUGGGUAUUCUUGAAAAUGGCAAUCAGAGGGGAAAAAUCGGAACAGAAGUGAAUGCAAGGGAUAAUGUUGUAAAAAAUUACCCUGGCAUGGGUUCUGUCAAUAAAAACCUAUUAAAAAAAAAAAAAAAGAAAAAGAAAAUGGCAAUCAACUCUGGUUAACUAACAAGAACUUUACACAGAAAGGGGGAUUCAUUCUAAUGAGCUCCCAGUGUUGGGACUGGAAAAUUAGAGAAACCCCCUAUAGGUGGGACAGUUUGUACCCUCUAGGACCACUGUAGGAGAGUGACAUCAUAGAAUUCUGGGACAAGGAGACCAUGUCUGUACCCAGAUCACCCUCAAUCUUGGGCAAUCUAGACUGAGGAUCUAUAUCCACCCAGAUUUGCUUGCCUUGAAUACAGUGGGCAAGAAUUCAUCGAGGUAAGGUAAUCUAAGUGGGGUAAAAUUUUGGCAGAGAUCAAUAAUAUUCUUCCAAGGCUGGACUUUGAACAAGGAAAUAGGACAGGGGGAAAAACCCACAUCUUCACAAUAUUAAAUAUUGGUUAUUUAAUCAUCAUUUCUUUCAUUCCCCCAUUUGAUUCUAUUGAAACAAAAGUUUCAAUAUGGCAAAUAGUAGAUCAGGAGUUUCUAACCAUGGGAUCUGUGAGGGGAAGCAAUGUGAAGGGAAAAGAGGAAAAUUAAUGAGCAUUUUGACAAGAUCAAAGGGAGCAAUAGUCUUUGAUAAAUAUACUUUAUACAUAAAAGGUAUAUGGGGAAAAGCACAUAGUUGUUUUUUUUUUUUAAUUGUCCAUACAAAUAAGGCUCAGAAAUUGUAUCUCAUAUAACUGUCUGGGUUUGGAGUCAUCAUGUGAUACAGCUUUUUCAUUUGGGUGCAGUUUCCUCACUUGACUGGCUUCUUAGGUUCAGGUCACUUGUAGAGAUCCCGUUCUCUGCUACAAAUCUACAAAAUUGUUUUAACCCAAUUUUAAAUUUGCCAAGAACCAGGUCUAAUGAAAAUUCGUUCAAACCUUAUU